AUGAGUUGGGCGGCACGGCGGCUUAAUUUCUUGUCAGCGCGUAGUUCUUGUUCUGGUUUUUAUUCUACUACAUUUUCAACUUUUCAAAAGACAUGGUUGACAAAAUUUAACUCAAAAUAUCCUAGUCUUGUCGAGAUUGUUUCUAAUGAAUUAAUACUUAAACAGGAUUUUGUUACCGAGAAAGAAGAGUCAAGUUUGAUAACUGAACUUGAUUCUGUACUUUGCAAACGAAAGUACCAAACAAAGCAUUGGGAUUAUGCUAUUAAGAAUUUUCGUGAAUUGGAACGCAAAAGUUGGCAUACAACGACCAAUCAGCUUGUUAUCGAUCGAUUAAGAGCAUCAACUUCUGUAAGCAAUGGUUUAACAGCAUCAUCAACGGCUAUGGAAGCAGAUGUUGCAAAUAUUGACCAAUUAGUACUUCCAUUAAUUCACGUUUUGGAUUUGGCUGAAAAUGGGGAGAUAAUGGCACAUGUGGAUAGCGUUAAAUUCUGUGGAGAGUCAAUCGCUGUGCUAAGUCUAUUAUCUGAUUCAAUUUUACGUCUAGCUGUCGCUCCACAAAGUGAAGUAGUGGGUGUUCCUCAAGAUCAGUAUGAUUAUUUCAAUUCAUUAAACUUACCACCGAUUGGUUCAUGGAUAGAUAUAUUUAUACCUAGACGAUCCGUGUAUAUUAUGCGUGGUGCACUACGCUACUUAUUAACACAUGCUAUUUUGUCUAAUGAACAAGUCGAUAAAAUACGAAAUGAACAAUCGAUUGAUUUAUAUAAUUUACACCGUGGACGACGUGUAUCGGUUAUUUGUCGUACACAUUCAAUCUGUAAUCUUAUUCCUUAUUAUAAUAAUGUUGAAGCGUCAUCGACUGAUGCAAAAACUUAA